AUCCGGGAUGGCCGCUGACCUUGGCUUUCUCUCCUAGGAUGUCGACUUGGAUUUGAGGACGGCAGGUUUGGAGCCUGCCGGUCACUAUGAGGAGGUGGAACUGUCAGAGUCCUCUGUGAAUCCAAGCCCCGAACGCAUCGGCCCCCACUGUUUCGAGCUACUCCGGGUCCUGGGCAAAGGAGGCUAUGGCAAGGUUUUCCAGGUCCGGAAGGUACAGGGCACCAACGUUGGGAAAAUAUUUGCCAUGAAAGUGUUGAGAAAAGCAAAAAUUAUGCGCAACGCCAAGGACACGGCCCACACGCGGGCAGAGCGGAGCAUCCUGGAGGCCGUGAGGCACCCCUUCAUCGUGGAGCUGGUGUAUGCCUUCCAGACCCGCGGCAAGCUCUAUCUCAUUCUGGAGUGCCUCAGUGGAGGAGAGCUCUUCAUGCAGCUGGAGCGCGAGGGGAUCUUCAUGGAGGACACGGCCUGUUUCUACCUGGGGGAGAUCACGCUGGCCCUGGGCCACCUGCACUCCCAGGGCAUCAUCUACCGGGACCUGAAGCCCGAAAACAUCAUGUUGAGCAGCCAAGGCCACAUCAAGUUGACAGAUUUCGGCCUGUGUAAGGAGUCCAUCCACGAGGGCUCCGUCACUCACACGUUCUGCGGCACCAUUGAGUACAUGGCCCCGGAGAUCCUCACCCGCAGUGGCCACAACCGGGCAGUGGACUGGUGGAGCCUGGGAGCCCUGAUGUAUGACAUGCUCACCGGAUCGCCGCCCUUCACUGCAGAAAAUCGAAAGAAAACCAUUGACAAGAUCCUCAGGGCAAAGCUGGCAUUGCCAGCCUACCUCACCCCAGAUGCACGGGACCUCCUCAAGAAGUUUUUAAAGCGAAAUCCCAGCCAGCGGCUCGGGGGUGGACCUGGGGAUGUAGCCGAUGUGCAGAAACAUCCUUUCUUCCGCCAUAUCAAUUGGGAAGACCUCUUGGCCCGACAAGUAGACCCCCCCUUCCGGCCCUGCUUGCAGUCUGAAGAGGACGUGAGCCAGUUUGACACGCGUUUCACGAGGCAGACGCCCGUGGACAGCCCCGAUGACACGUCCCUCAGUGACAGCGCCAACCAGGCUUUCUUGGGCUUCACCUAUGUGGCUCCCUCUGUCCUGGAGGGCAUCAAGGAAGGCUUCUCGUUCCAACCCAAACUGCGAUCCCCUCGACGCCUCAAUAGCAGUCCUCGGACCCCCAUCAGCCCCCUGAAAUUCUCACCCUUCGAAGGGUUUCGACCCAGCACCGGCCCAGCAGAGUCCAUGGAGCUACCCCCACCUCCACCUCCACCUCCAGUCAGCUCGGCCCCUCUGCCCAUCCGGACUCCCACUGGCAAGAAGUCCAAGAAGGGCCGGGGUCGUUCUGGACGCUAGGGAAGGGAGGACGUUGGCUGUCCUCGGCUGCCCCCUCGCUACCCUUUAACUCAACCGGAAGCACCCCUUCACCUCUUGGAAAGAGGAUUUCUUGGCAUUGGCCUGGAAGUGCUGUAGGCCCCUUGGGCCAGGCUGGAAAGAGCCAGGGAUAAGCAAAGUGCCCUUGGGGCCUGGGGGAGGAGGGCACCUUCUGCACAGAAUCAUGGGAACUGACUGCUCCAGGACUACCAAACUGCAGCCUCAGGGAGCAGUGAGUGAGUGCCCUUCUCCCAGGCCUCAGCUGCUUGUAUCUUUUAGGAAAUUAAAUGAUCUCAAUCAUGGCA